GGUUCAAAUUGGCUACAUUUUGUGCUUCGCUACUGUCAACAGCUCUUGCUCAUUUUUUGCCGCUCAAAUUCUGUUACUCGCUUUGUUGGCGGCUUCAGUUGGAAGAGAACGACGAAGUGAGCAUCGUACUAUUCUCUGACGCUAGCGCGAUUUCUUUUGGAGCCUUUCGUGUCGUGUCACUGCAGCUGCAGUCAUGGAUACUGACGAGGAGUGCUCAAUUGUUCUUGAAUUACCUGAAAGGGAUCCUUUCUCUGACAAAAAGAAGAAAUUACUACAAAGUAAAGGUUUUGGUCCCAAAGAACGGAUAUACCUCAGGAGCUCUUCAAAACCUGACUGGAUGAGUGCUACUGUGGAGGUGUUACUUCAGAUUGCUCGGAUCAUACAAUUAAAUGAGCUGGAACUUUAUUUUGCUGAAGAGGACGUAUGCACGUCGAUGGAAUUUUACAGUCCCAGGAAUGAGUUGGAGGCUCUCAAUUCAAUUGUUUUGCUCACUGACAUAUCACUUUCUAGUUGUUCACAUCUCCAUACAAAUAUCCUGCAAGGGUUACGCCAAACAAUUCUUGAUUUAAUUACUGAUGUGGGGGACAAAAACAGUGUGAAGGGGGGAGUAGUUCAAAAAGACCAUAGUUGUGACCAAGAAGAACGCCUGAUAGAAUGGGGAGAAAGCAAUGGCGUAAAGACACAGUUAAAAAUAGCUUAUAUUGAAGGAGCUGGUCGAGGUGCAAUAGCAAGGAAAGAUCUAAAAGUUGGAGACAUUGCUUUGGAAAUUCCUGUGUCAAUUAUCAUUUCUGAGGAGCUUAUUCAUGAAACUGAAAUGUAUGGUGUCUUAAAAGAAAUUGACGGCAUAUCAUCUGAGACAAUAUUGCUAUUAUGGAGUAUGAAAGACAAGUACAACAGUGAUUCAAAAUUCAAAAUUUAUUUUGACACACUCCCAGAAAAAUUUAAUACAGGUUUGAGUUUCAGCAUUGAAGCAAUUACAGUGUUAGAUGGAACCUUGCUGUUGGAAGAGAUAAUGCAAGCAAGACAGUUCCUGCAUGCUCAAUAUGAUGAGUUGUUCCCUGCUCUGUGCAAUACUUUUCCUGAUAUAUUUCCACCAGAGCUGUACACAUGGGAGAAAUUUUUAUGGGCUUGUGAACUUUGGUACUCUAAUAGCAUGAAGAUAAUGUAUUCCGAUGGAAAGAUAAAAACAUGCUUGAUCCCUAUUGCUGGAUUUCUCAAUCAUUCACUGUGCCCGCAUGUUAUGCACUAUGGCCAAGUGGAUCCUGCAAAAAAUUCACUGAAAUUUUGUCUAUCAAGACCAUGCAAAUCUGGAGAAGAAUGCUGCUUAAGCUACGGCAACUUCUCCAGCUCUCAUCUAAUUACCUUUUAUGGUUUUUUACCACAAGGAGACAAUCCAUAUGAUGUUAUUCCGUUAGACAUUGACGGUGCCGACGUUGAUUCUGGUGACGAUAUACCCAAGUCCAACUGGACGAGUCACAUGGUGCGUGGUACCUGGCUCUCCAGGGAUCACAAGAUAUUCUACUAUGGUCUUCCCUCUCCAUUAUUGGACCAUCUUCGGAGAUCUCGAAGUCCAAUGCUGCGAACAAAGACCUUUGUAUUUUUCAUUCUCCUUUCCAUCAUAUCUUGUUCUCAAACUUGUUUAUUAGAAGUUUCUUACGCAAUGCAUAGUUUUACAUCACUUCAGAGAAAGAGAACAUCAUAUUCCCCUCUACUCCUUGCUAGAACGCGUUCCUCCUUCAUGUUGCAAGAAAACUUGGAAAAUGAGCUGGAAGUUCUUGAAAAUCUCAAAGAUAUCUUUGAUGACAUGAUUGAAAAUAUGGGCGAAAUCGAUCUUAAUGACAGAGAAAACUGCUGUUGGGAUGAAAAAUUGGCUAUGGAUUUUAAAAGUACACAAAGACGAAUUGCCUGUUCUGUUUCAACCUCGUGUCUCGCUGGUAUGGAUAUGUUAAAGAACGAACUAUGCAAGUGCAUGGCUGAGGACAUCCUAGGCUAAUUGAACAUGUUGGAUCAUUGUGCCUUUAAGAAGACGGUCGUUUGGACCUUGAAGCGUAACAAUCAUUUUGUACUAUAAAACUCCGUCAAUCUUUGCUGUCAUUGGCUAUGUGGUUGAACUUGGACGCUCCAUUCUGACACAGACAGCACAGAAUUUCUUCUUUAGGUGAAAUGGAUGGUUCCACUUCCUAAAUUUUUUUUUUCAGGGAGAAGGAAGUUGUUUGGCGUAACUGCUGGCUCCACGUGUUUCUUUAGUGCUAACUAAUGCAAAACCUACCAUCCAAAAUGCUUAAGAGGAAGAUUCGCCUAAAUAAUGGUAUGUGCAUUUGCAUUAUCUUUAAAAUAUGCGGUCCAGAAAGUCCUAUAUAAAUUAAUUAAAUCGGCAAGCAUACUUACUAUAAAUUUAUUUUGAAUGACUUUUUGUUGAU